GCUAGAUAUAAUUAUCUCCUGCCGGUACGCGUCUAGAUAUUAUUAUCAUAAUUAUAUCUAGGGAGAGAACAUGGCAAGACGCGAAAUCUUUCGAAGCACAUCCAAAAAUCCAGCACUGUUUAACAAUUACCAGUGUGUCAACUGCAACCGUAACCAUCUCCUGAAAGAUUCUGUGCAGCCAAUAUCUGGACACUGGCUGUGUACGUGUUGUGCUGAUAAGCUGUUGAAAGAUAGCUCACUGAAAUGCCAACAAGAUUUGAAAUCGGACGAAGAAAGAGAUGAGUGUUUUCCUGAGAUUGGAAUGAUUGCUCAUCAAAAAGCGUGUGGCAUUCUGAGAGGAUGCCAUCUAUGUGGUGUUGUCGUGACUCCUGACCAAAUUGCCCGCAAGAAAUGUCACACAGAACCUUUUUGCAUGGGGGAGGGGGAGGUGGAAGAAGAUGUUCAUUUCAUGAUUUCUCCGAAACAAGCUACUUCCUCACAUAGCAAAGUUGGACACAGACAGUGGGGUGGAGCUGAAGAUAGCUCUUCAAUUAGAAAGCUGCCCGAUGAGGAAAAACUUCUUCAGAAAGGCCAAAAAGAAGCGAUAAGAAAAGUUGAAAGCCAGCUAGGAGCCGAAAUGUUGGAGAAAGACAAGGAGAAAAGAACGAAGCGCGAGGAAGCUGAUUACUCGCCACUGGUUAGAAUGAACAUGGGCGAUGUAUGGAAGAUCACUCAAUUCAGUGAGAAGAGAAGGGAUGGUCUUUCAGGCAUCUGCCUGGACCCCCUCUUUAGCCGUCCAUUCUUCUUUGAAGGUGGAUACAAAAUGUGCCUUCAAUUGAACAUUCUGGCAGAUGGUAUUGAAGAGAACGCUCGCAUGUCGUUAUCAUUUAUCAUCAUGAAGGGAUAUUAUGAUGACAUUAUACAAUGGCCAUUCACGGCCAAUGUAACCGUCACACUGAUCAACCAGAAAAGUGGCAGGGACAUCAUCGACACUUUUCAACCGAACCCCGACCCCAUGAGCGCCUCGUUGCAAAAACCAAAUGAAGAAAUGAACAGUGCCAGUUUUCCUUUGUUUGUUCAACACAGUGAACUAGACGCAGACGGGUUUAUUGUUGACGACACCAUUUGCAUUAAAUGCUGUGUUUCUCUCCCUUGAAAAAACUGAGGUGUAUAUGGCGUUCUGUAUGAUUUAUAUUCAACUAUACCGAUUUUAUUAGAGUUUGAAGUAAAAACAAUCUGGUUUUGUGACAAAUAUCAUUCAGUGUUUAGCUUGAAGUGCUAAUGUUGUAAAUAGGAGGGAGAUACAUGGAAUUCAAGAAGUAUAACUAUAUAUAGAAGUCCCACAAAAACAUAAAAAUAAGUAAUUUUUUAAUGUUAUGUUAUUAUGUUGUAUAAUUGUUGACGUCUA